UCAGAAAUAUAAACAACUGAUUCUUUCACUUUCCCGGGAAACUGGAAAUCGGGAAGUACUUCUGAGCAGAUUUUCAGCAUGGAACAUCCUUGUGGUCUUCUCACCCUCUCUAAGCAGCCAGUGCCUCUCAAGAGCAUCUUGGUGGAUGUGUCUAUCAAUCAGUUUGUGGCAGAUGUGUCUGCAACCCUGGACUACAAGAAUGAGGAAACAGACCCUGUGGAAGCAUUGUUUGUGUUCCCCAUGGACGAAGACUCUGCUGUUUAUAGCUUUCAGGCUGUGGUGGAUGGCAAGAAUAUAGUGGCAGAAAUACGAGAAAAGCAGCAGGCUCAGGAGGACUAUGAGAAUGCCAUCUCCCAAGGCCAGGAAGCCUUCCUACUGGAGCAGGAUAGCGGCUCUGGGGACAUUUUCAGAUGUAGUAUAGGAAAUCUUCCCCCUGGCCAGAAGGCUGCUGUCACCCUGAGCUAUGUUCAGGAACUGUCCCUUGAAGCAGAUGGGGCUGUUCGAUUUGUGCUGCCAGCCAUCUUGAACCCACGCUAUCUUCUCCAAGAAUCCACUGAGACUGACAACAUCACCUCUCAAAUUGCCCGGAUUCCUGGCAAGGAGCUGCCCUACACAUUUAGUGUUAGUGCCAAUAUCUGCUCCUCUAAUGGCAUUGAGAAGGUCCAUUCCAACUGUCCCCUGAGUCCCCUGCAGUACUUGGCAGAUGACAAGACAGUUGCCCAGCUUUCCUUAGCUGAAGGGCACAAAUUUGACCGGGAUGUUGAGAUUCUGGUUUACUACAGGGGAAUAAACACACCCACUGUCUCCUUGGAGCUUCCUCAAGCUGAUGCCAAACCAGGUUCCAUAAUGGGAGACCCAGCUGUGAUGGUGAGUUUCUACCCUAGCAUCCCUGAGGCUGAGGGAGAGAGCACUUCUGGUGAAUUCAUCUUCCUUGUGGACCGCUCAGCGAGCAUGGCAGCAACAAUGAAUUCUGAAAGGGGUUCCCAGUUACGCAUAGCAAGUGCCAAGGUACCAGCUUCUCUCUCUCUACAUCUCUCUUGCAUCUAUCAUAUUUAUGGCCAUGGAGCCUCCCCUUAUAGACCCCACAGUACCAUGCAAUAUAAUAAUGAGGCGACCUCCUUUACAGUGGGAAAGCUGCCAUAGACAAGAGAGCCCUAGGUUGAGGGACCUGACGUGACUCUAACAGGAUGUGUGGCUUCUUGUCUCCCUCUGCAGCUCUUUGUCUUCACAGAUGGAGAAGUUUCUGAUACAGGUUUGGUCAUUGCUGAAGUGCAGCGCCACAGACACAAUCACAGGUGUUUCUCUUUUGGAAUUGGAGAAGGGGCUUCUACCAGCCUUAUUAAAGGCAUUGCACGGGCUGCUGGAGGCACUGCAGAAUUUAUCACUGGCAAGGACAGGAUGCAGCCCAAGGCUCUUCGGUCCUUAAAGCAAGCCUCGCAGCCAGUAGCCCAGGAGGUCUCCUUUACCUGGACUCUGCCACCUGGGCUGGAGACCACCUUGAUCUCCCCAGCUCCUGCUAUCAUCUUCCAGGGUCAGAGGUUAAUUGUCUAUGCCCAGUUGAAAGGGACCAAUGCAUCCAAAGGAGCAGCAGGUGAGGUAUGUCUUCAGUACACACUCCGAGGUGAUAGCAUCAGGAGCACAGUGCCAUUCUCCUUGGAUCCCAAAGCAGAUGACAAACUUACCAUUCACCGCUUGGCUGCCAAGUCCUUGAUCCAGACCCUUGGAGGAAGUUUACAGGAUGCUGUAGAAGCGAAGAAAAAAGUGGUGGAUAUCAGCCUCCAGUCAGGAGUUGUGUCCCCUCACACAGCCUACAUUGCAAUCAAUAAGGAGCUCAAUGAGCCCAUUCAGGGGCCCCUAACUCGGAGAGAUAUUCCAUUGGCUCAUAUGUGCCUUACUGGGACAAAGAGAGUUGGUAUGGCACAAGUUAAUGAUUGGCCGAUUGGUGAUGACGCGCAGAUUAGGCGUGCUCUUCUUAGCAACAAAAAUUACCGUGUAGCUACUUUUGAGAGUGAUGAAUGUGAUGAUGACUCUUUCAUACUAUCUGCCAAUGGCUGGAUUCGUUCUGGGUUAAGAUGGCUGCAGAGUAGAUGCAGAACUCUUACUCUCCCCAUCAUCGACCUCAAAACAACAAACAAACCAAGUUCAGAAGAACAAAGGGACUCUACAAUAGGGCACAGUAUCGAAGAGUCUCCUCUUCUACAGCUGAUUUCCCUCCAGAAGGCAGAUGGUUCCUGGGAACUGGAUGAAGCUCUGGCCUCAGUCCUGGGUGUGAGUGUUGAGGCUGCACUGGCUGCAUUGCCUGACCAGAGUAAAGAUGUCCCCAGCUGGGCCACUCUCUUGGCUGUGCUGUGGCUGCACAGCAGCUUUUGGGACCAGAGAGAAGAAUGGGAACUUCUGGAAAGGAAGGCUGUGGCAUGGAUCCAGGCACAUUCUGAUUCCUCCUUGAGUGAAUGUAUUGCAGCUGCGAAUGCUCUUCUGAAAUCAUCUGUGGAUCCUGCUGUCUUUGGCCUGUGACAGUAGAGAUGGAAGAUGAUAAGAGUUUAUCUCUGGCUGCUACUUCUUAGCCUCUCUGCUGCUUAGAGCUCUUGGUGUGCCUCUCUUGCUGGUUAUGGCUCAUUCCCCACAGGAAAUGGUCAAUCAGAUUCAGUUUGUUUUAAUUCAAGUAUUUCUUUAGUGCCCUGCUCUGGGCUGGGCACUGUGCUAGGAGCUAGCAUUACAAAGGCAAAAAUGAUAGUCCCCCCUCACAAGAAGCUUACAUUCACC